CCGAGGAAGAGAUUCCAAGCGAUCAAGCGAACAAUCGAACAAAUAUCGGAAGAUAAAUACAGCGAAUAAGUUGGAGUGAAGUUUUCGAAGGCUUGUCACGUGUAACAAGUGUUUCUCUGUGUGCGAAAUCACUUAGGAUCUGAUUGGACUGAGGAUCCACGAUAAUAUACACGAUAUCCGCAUCUGAUUUACUCUUUCGAAUUGCGCGAGAUCUCGCACGUGAAAGCGUGUGAUUUCAAGUGACAAGACAAAUGUCCAGCGACAUGGAGGAUUCUACACAAUUGCAAUCAGUUAUGACCGAUCUAAGCGAUCAUCGAUCGCAGCAUCAUCAUCGGCAUCAUUAUCAUCACCAUCAUCAUCGAGGUAGAACGCCCGCGGGCGAGAUCGGCGACGACGAGUGCAGCACCGACAGCGGCUGCAGUAGCGGCAGCAGCACCGGAAGCGGCAAACGCCUGUCGCGUCACGGCAGCGGCGAACGUCUCUGCAGGUCCAGCCGAUCACCGAGAACGCACUUCUACCUGGAGCGAUUGCGGGAACGAACGACGCGAUCCCAGGAGCGUUUCGGUAGCAGCGUGCAGAGAUCGUCGAAGCGCACUUCGAGCCCCGAGAACGUCAAGAGUCUAUCCCGCGGUGGCGUUUCACCCUCGUCCUACUCGUCCAGCCCCUCGGACGCGCAUAGCAGCAGCGACAGCGAUUCUCUCAAGAGGCCCUCCACCACGGAGACCCUGCGCCGGGCGUUUCAGAGUCUCAAGUUCACCUCGUCCAAAUGGGAGAGUAACAAGGAGAAGAAGCACGUGAAGAAGAGCCCCAAGAGAAUCCUGCGCAGUCCGGUACCCUACAUGUACGUCCGCGGACUGUCCGGUCUGCCGACUCAGAGGGUCCCCCGAAACUCGGGUCCCCAAUGACAGACGAUAAAGGCUUGCUCCUGUCAGGAUCUGAUCGAGCUCUAUCGAUAAAUCCAGGACUAGGAAAGAUUUCACCGAAGGAGCAAGACACUCUCUGCCAGAGGAAGAGGCAGGAGGGAGAGGUCGAGGGAGGGGGAGGAAUAAUAUGUUAAGGAUAUUAUGCCCGAUGACAUAUCUCUUCGUUGUGUAUAUUUCUCGCCGACAAUUUUUACGAAUUUUCAUACGUAACGCGCGGGAUUACCGCGAGAUUUUCCGGACUCUUCGUGAAAUUUCACGUCCUUUUUCUAAUUCAUCGUUUAUUUUAAGCGAUCAACGAUUCCCUCCAAUCUGAUGCUUUCUCGUUCUCGAGUAGUAUAGCUCAAGCGUAAAGCCGACUAGCUCACAGAUCGGUCGAUCGUCGAGACAGAAGAUGAGAAAGGAACGAAAAAAAAAAAAAACGUCAAAUUUGAGGGACAAGAUAAUUGAAUUAAAUAAAUAUGCAUAUUUAUUGAGCGCACAUUAAGCGCAAAUGGUCCUCGAUACGAAGAGCGUAAAGUUAUUAUCGAAUCAAUCGAUAAUAAAUACAUAAAGAAGUUAUGUAAAAGUACGGGGAUUACAUAAAAUUGUUAGUUUCGAAUUGGAUCUCCAUGUAUUGAGACUCAUUCUUUCUAAUAUUUUUGCAACAUCUUUUUACCAAAAUCUUUGCUGUAUCAAAUGUCGUAGGAUGUUUAAAGCCAAGAUACUUUUCAUUGUCUCACGUAUAUACACGUAUAUACACGUAUUAUUAUAGUAACAUUUUACCUAAUGAUACCUUUCUCGGACUAAUGUUCUCUGAUUGAGCGUAUGAAGGAUAUUUUACGUACGAACACGCAGACUGAUAGAUUUAAUAAUACAUUAUUAAUUCGUCAUUAAUCAGCAAAAUAAUAUAGGGUUUCAUUAAACAUAUGCUAUUUAUCUUUAUUGCAACUUCCACUAGUUUAUUCGGAAAUUGCUUUGGGACGAAUGAAAAAUAUGAGAAGUUUAAUAAUAAUAAUAAUAGUGAUGAUAAUAUUGUUAAGAAAAAUAUCGCAAAAAGAUGUUCAAUUAUACGCGACAAGACACGACUCUCAGGUGCGUUCUCUAAGGCUUUAAUUAAAUGUUGCGACGAGAGCGAUACAUGUACAUCCGAAGAUCGAGAUGAUUAUUCCUCGAUUUGUACUGUCCGUUUCCUUUAUCCGUCGCCAUCGACACGUAAUAACACGUUACUAUUUUUAUCGGCACCAAGAGACGCGAUAGAAGUCAAUUAUAUCGACGCGUAUAGAUUAUAAAUUAAUCUCUCUGAUAUCAAACAAAUUUAGAAUAAAUUCGUGCAUGAAUGUUUUAAGGAUAGAUUCCUCUUAAAGAAUUUUUAAAAUAGAUUUCUUUUUAUUGUUCUAAGAAUAAUUUAUCCUACGUAAAAUUUUUUCUAAUACUAUAUAAAAUUCUACUUAAUAAAAUAUCUAAUUGAUAGUAAAAAUAUUGAGUAAUUAAAUACUUAAUAAAUUGAGAUUGGUGUCUCAAAACAUUAUUUCAGAUAAAAAAUGAGGAAACUGCCCUUAGCAUCUUAUACGAUAGCUACGCGAGUUGUCUCGCAUAGAAAAAAAAAAAACAAUUCUUGCGCCAUAAAAAUAUCUCGUUUGUAAAGUUAUUUAUGUAGAGAAUAUGUGCAUUCAUAUAUUAUGUAAAAAUUAAGAUCGAUGAAUCUCUUACUGUGCUCUGCAUGGAAAAUCAUAAGCGAAACAUUGACUCGUUGUUUAUCAGAAACAUACAUAAUUUUUAAAGGUAUUAACGAGCACAGAAAAUUGGCUUCGAUUACUCGUUAGAUCUAUUUAUUCAGAUUUUUGAAAAAUUCAAAAUAUUGUCAAAUACAGGCAAAAAGAGACAAAUUAAUAUCUAAAUUUAUAUAGAAUUUAUUAUUUCUACAGAUUAUUUUUAGAUUUUGAGUUUAAUCUAGCUAAAAAUAAUUUGGGAUUAUCUGCUUUUAAAUUUAUCAAAAAUGUGUAUACCGAAGACAUAAUAUGCCUCGUUAAUAUCAAUCACGAUUAUUUCUUUUCGUGAUAACGUUACGUAAAUGCGACCAAGGGCUAAUCUAACUAAUUGGCUGAUUAACCGCGUUCCACGUGCAAUUAUUGCUGUUUACGGAAGAGGAAACGUACGAGUGUGCGUCGAGGAUAUCACGACCGGCGGAUACUGAUUAAUCUCAAAAGAAAAGAAAAAAACUUCAAGAAAUAUGAAAAAAGAAAAAAAAAAAGGAAAAAUUACAUUGACAAAAAUUCGUCAUUUGCGAGAAGAGAGGAAGAGAGACAGAGAGAACUACGACGGAGUUUGUAAAACUUCGUGAGAAUUUUUCAUCUGCCUGUGCGAUUCAUUUCUAGUGCCUUGUAGAUACUUCCCUACUACGUGACUGUACGAUUAGAUGUUAUCAAUUGGCGAAUGUGCGAGAGAGUCAAAAAAGAUAAAACCAUAUCCGCCACGGUCGGAUCGUUGUUACAAAUAUCAAAUAUAUGUAAGAACGAUGGAUGCAAUCGUAUCGAAUGAUUACCGUAUGAGAGUGUCGCUAACAAAAAGAAUAAAGAUCAAUUAUACUCAGGACUGAAUGUUUUGUAUAUCGUUUUGUCUAUGUCGACAUAAUUCACGAUUCAAAUAAA